GUGGCGCCCGCAGGCGGGAGCGGCGCCCCUGAGCGUGUUCUUGCUGCUCUAUGGGGGCAUUGAGUGGGGCUGGCGCGAUGGGAGCGGCUGUGGCGGCCUUUUACGUGACAGCUGCGCCCCACUCCGCGCUCGGGGGAGAUUCGGGGGAACUGAUCACAGCUGCCUGUGAGCUUGGAGUUGCUCAUCCCCCUGGCUACCCCCUCUUCACUCUUCUGGCAAAACUGGCAAUUGAGCUUUUCCCCUUUGGUUCUGCCGUGCAUCGCGUCAGUCUCCUCUGCGCCUUGUUGGGAGCAACGGCGGCAUCGCUUCUGUUUUAUACAGUUGUCAGGCUUUCUGGCUCACAGGCAGCAGGAGUCUUUGCUGUGGGGAUGUUUUCGUUUUCCCGUCUAACGUGGCAGUGGUCUAUCACAGCAGAGGUUUUCAGCUUAAACAAUCUGUUUGUGGGGCUGCUGAUGGCACUUUCUGUGCAAUUCGAGGAGGCAACAACUGCGGAGGAGAGAUCAAAGAUCUGUAAAGUGGGCGCCUUCUCUUGCGGACUAAGCAUGUGCAACCAACAUACUGUUGUGAUCUACGUGCUUUGCAUUAUUUUGUGGGUUUCUUCUCGCUUGUUCGGGGAGCAUGAACUGACCCUGAGCAAUGUGCUGAAGUUAAGUUUCUGCUUCUUGGCUGGAUGUCUGCCUUAUCUCUACUUGCCAAUCUCUGCCUACCUCAACAAAGCCCGCUGGACCUGGGGAGACCAGACAACCUUUAAAGGGUUUAUGACCCAUCUUCUCCGGGAAGAGUAUGGAACAUUCAGUCUGGCAAAAUUGGAAAAUGGAUCCAGUAUGACUGAUGUAUUGCUUUUUCAGGUGACCCACAUGAAGAUGGAGCUUUCCCUCGUUGUCCAAGCCUUUGCGAUUGUGGCAUGUGUAUGCUGUGCAGUGAGGCCAAAGACAGAGAAGUCACACUUGAUUUGGCUGUUUACUUCAAUGUUUUUGACGUAUUCUUUGUUCUUCGCUUGGAGGGCAAAUUUGGAUAUUUCAAAGCCCCUGUUUAAGGGGGUGGUUGAGCGAUUCUGGAUGCAAAGCAAUGCAGUGCUUGUCGUUCUAGCUGGCUUCGGCUUCUCUCUGCUCUUUUGUCUUGGGGAGAUAUUUGUUGGAAACAGCCGAAUGAUUCACCGUCUGGAAUGGCUGGUGGCAGCUGCUUGUGUUACUGCUCAGAUCUAUUCCAAUUACAGUGUCUGUGACCAAAGCCACAACAAUGUUGUUGACCGGUUUGCCAUGAAUCUUUUGUCCUCCAUGCCUCCAGAUGCCAUCAUCUUGCUAAGAGGGGACCUGCCUGGGAAUUCUCUUCGCUACUUGCAUUAUUGUGAGGGUAUAAGACCUGAUAUCACCUUAGUUGACCAAGAGAUGAUGACUUACCAUUGGUAUUUGCCAAAGCUGGCUAAACAUUUACCUGGUGUCACCUUUCCUGGAGACCGUUGGAAUCCUGUAGAAGGGCUGUUACCUGAUGGAACGAUCAUGUUCAAUCUUCAUAAUUUCCUCAAAGUAAAUAGACACAAAGACACCUUUGUUUGUAUUGGACUCCAUGAAGGCGACCCUACUUGGAAAAAAGACUAUUCCCUUUGGCCCUGGGGCUCUUGUGAUAAACUUGUGUCUUCAAAAGCUCCCUUUGAUCCUGAAGAGUGGAUUGACCGUACCCGAAACCUCUAUAACUGGACUGAGGAAUAUGGGAAGUUUGAUUCAUCUUCCUGGGAGUCGGUAGCAAAUGAAGAGAUGUGGCAAGCCAGGAUGAAAACAGCCUUCUUUCUUUUUGACCUUGCAGAAACGGCUCCCACAUCUGGGGAUGCGAAAGCAAAGCUUUACACAUUUGCUUAUAAGCUGUACAAAGAAAUUGUAAACACGUAUAAAACUCAUCCAGUGAACUGGCACAAAAAUUACGCCAUUGCCUGCGAGAGGGUGCUGCAUCUUCACCCGGCAAGGGAAGAUCCAGAAAUGCUACUCUUAGAAACCAUCAAACACUUCCGCCUUUACCUGGAGAAAGCUGUAGAUGAUCCACAGCAGAGCAAUAUUUUGCAAGCCAUAAAGCAUAUGAAGAAAGAACUUCGGGAAUUGAGAAAAACGAAGAGGGGAGAAAGAGGCAACCAGCGUAAGACGUGACCAGCUCAGGGAAAGAUCUGUUGGAAAGGAAAUGAAGAGUAAGAGAAGGAUUCCAUAGAUGGAAUUAAAGCAAGCUUAAAUGCAGUAUUUUUUAGAUUAGGAGAAAAAGACUAACCAAGAGAAGCGUUUGGUGAUAUAGAAAACCAUAAACACAGGUUGGGGGAAAUGAAUUGGGGGUUUUCUCCCUUUUAAUGUUACAGUGUGGGGUCAUUAAAUGAAGCUGAAUGUUGGGAGAUUCAGAUGAAAAUUCUUAACACAGUGCACUGGUAAUUUGCUUCCCUGGUUUAUGGUUACCAAUUUAUAGUCAAGUCUCCCUGGAGCUGAGCUGAGCUCUGAUUAUAGGAUACAUCUACAGUAUGUUGUUUUCUUGGCAGCAAUAUGGAAGCUGUCUUCUUCUGAUGCGUUCUUUCAACUUCUCAGUCUAGCCUACAUCCUUGGCAUUUCCUUGGUGGUCUCCCAUUCGCAUACUAAGCAGGACUGACCCUGCUUCGUUUUUUGAGAUCAGUCAUGGUUGGCUAGGCACUGCCACCUGCUGUGGACAUGGCUACCAACUGGGAUCAAAGGACAUAAGGCAGAUUUAUGAUGACAGAGAGUUUGAUUAAAGGCUAACAGCCAUGAUUGCUUUUGCCUUCAUACCAAGCUUUGGAGCAUCUCAGAAGCAUCCGGUUGAGUACUGUUGGGAGUAGAACACUGGGCUAGAGAUGCCUCUGGUCUGACCCAGCAGGAUAUUCAUAUGCUCUGUUUGAUUUAUCCACUUGUAUAUGUUUAUGUGCUAAUAUUUAGUUAUAACAUCAGAGUCAAAAUCCUAAUAGCAAAAACUGACCUGGUGGAAUUGGCAUUUGAUCAACAUUAAGCCUGUAUGUGUGACAGCUAAAGCAGGAAUGAGAUUUGAGAAAGUGCACAUUAGUUCUGCCCUUAGCAUCCCCUCUCAGGAGGAGAAGAGGGAAAUGAUAGUGUAGAUGCCUUGGAUUAUGUCACUAACAUGGGUUAGUGUUAUCUUCAAAUUAUAGAGUCCAUAGAAGUUGAUGGAAGUUUUUUCCAUUGUUUGUGUGCAUCGCUCAAAUAUCAGGGACAGUGUUUAGUUUAUUUUAGAAAAACAUAUGCUCCUUUUGAAGAUCAGGUUCCUUAGCUGCAGGUCUACUUAGGACCAGCUUACUUCUUGAAAGCCAGGUGGUCUCCGUGCCACCAACUUCUUUUUGUAAGACAAAAUUGUACACUAUUUGCAGCCUUUUCUGAACAGACAUGGUCUGAUCAGAGUCAGUACUACAGGUAGUCCUCGUUUAGCAACUAUCUUGUUUAGUGACUGUUCGCAAUUAUGAUGGUGAUGAAAAAGUAAC